AUGGCGACUGGCGGGCAAUCAUUUUACGAGCUGUACCGCCGGAGCAGCAUCGGCCUUGCUCUGACGGACACGCUCGACGACCUCAUCAGCGAUGAGCGCAUCAACCCCCAGUUGGCGAUGAAGAUCCUGAGCAACUUUGACCAGGCCAUCACCGAGGCGCUGCAGAAGAACGUCAAGUGCCGGUUGUCAUUCAAGGGAAGCCUUGACACCUACCGGUUCUGCGACGAAGUCUGGACCUUUUUGAUCAAGAACGUGACCUUCAAGAUGGACAACGGCACUCCGCCUGUAGUCGCCGACAAGGUGAAGAUCGUGAGCUGCAACGCCAAGAAGCCUGGCGAGGGCCCUUGA